AUGGUACGUCCCGCAUUAAUAAGACUCAAUGCUACACUUGCACGUAGACCAGUCCCUCGAUCCCUUCUUCAAAAGCAAGCCAAACGACUAAAUAACAUCACAGAUGAUGACCCCACAACGAAAAACUUAAUAAUAACGUCGUUACGUGACGUAUGGUCCCUCUUUCAACCGAAUUCCAUAAACCAAGAAGAAGACGAUAAGCAAUAUCAAUUGAACUACAAGGCACAACUUACAUCAAUGGUACAAUCCAAUGAACUUUUCAAAUCCGUAUUCCCUGGCAAAAUCACCUACAUGACACUGCAAAGAAAGUUCCCACUUUUGAAACAAUUGGAAUUGGAUCUUAUUGAGGAAACGAUAAGACAAAGGACAGAUAAUAAGAGAAUGCCCUGGGUUGAAUGGCCACUGCCGUUGCAACAAUUGGAUUAUUAUUUGAAUUUUGGCAAUUUUGGUCCAAGGGAAUUCAUAAGGAACGAUAAGAGACUAUAUUAUCCCAUCACUGGAUUGCACCCUCAUGCUAAAAAAUGUAAAUUGGUUGAUGUCUAUGAGGGAACACCAGAUAAUAAGGGUAAAUUAUUCGAUUCAUUCACUAUCGCCAUCUUAGCGUCAGCCCUGAUGGUGUCUGUCAUCGCGAUCUCCAAGGACAAUGACGAAAAUGAUGAUGAUUCGAGGACCCAUUGA